AUGUCAUCAAGUCCACCUCAUUCACAUUCUAGUUCAAAUUAUUCAUAUGGACCAGUUAUAAAACCAGAAUUAGCUUCAAUUAGUGGUGGUGGAGGAAUAACUCAAACAUCUUCUUCUUCAUCUUUUAGAUCUCCUACUUCAAUAAGUACAGGAGCAGGAAUUAUUGAUCAAUUACCCCCAAGUAAUUUAAGUGAUAUUGAAUCAAUUGAUUAUCAACAACAACAUGGACAUGAAUAUCUGCAACGACCAUUACGAUCCCAACAUUCUCCACAAUUAACUUCAAAUCCUCAAAGCUCAAGACAAUACAUAACAGCAGAUGAUCAAAAUUCUCAAAUUUCUUCAUCAAAUUCAAUAGCAGUUGAUGAAACAAUUAUAAAACCAAUAAUAAGACAACCAUCACCACAAUCAUCAAAUUCAGUAUCACCAAUAUCAUCAUCUCAUUCUUCACAAAAUCAUCAAAGAAUUGGAAUAAAUUUAAAUGAAUUACAAAAUACUUCAAGUUUAGAAAGUCUUAUAACUAAACCAAUAAAUUUACAAAAUUUACAUAAUAAUCAUUAUCAAAAAAGAGCUUCAAUGUUUAGUUCAUUUAGUCAAUAUUCUGGAAAAAUUGAAAAUGAUAUUGCUAUACCAAUGACUUUACAAAGAACUGAUACUUCUAAAUUAAAAAAAUAUAAUAAAAAUGAAGAUAAUGAAGAUGAACAUGAUGAUGGAGAUGCAUCGAGUGCUAAACACGAUAAAAUUAUCUCUUCAAAUCAUUCGGUUGAAACUAAUCAAUUAUUAGAUAAAUCAAUUGAAAAUGAUGAAAAUUCCUUUAGUUCAUCCAGACUGAUAAAUCAAGAUAAUGAAAACAAACAUGUAGAUAUAACCACUGAAGAAUCACAAUCAGAACAAGAAUCAGAUGAAGAAAGUUCAAUAUUAAUGGGUAAAUUACCAACUUCAUCAAAAUCAAAAUCAAAAACAAAUGAAAAUUUAAAUAUAAAUCCAGAUAAAUCAUUUAAUACAAAUAUUGAAGGAGCAGUUCCAGCGAGAUCUCCAAGACGUCCAAUUUCAAUGAUUGCAAAUACCACAUCAGCUUCAGUUACUUCACCAUCACCAAAGAAAAAUUCAAGAAGAAAAUCUACUCAAAUUAAUGAUGAUUUAGAUAAAUUAAUGUAUGAUGCUUCAUCAAUGCAAUCUAAUGAUCCAACUCAAAAAAUUGAAGAAGAAGAAGAUAUAUUGAACAAGAAUUUAAAGUACGAAGAUGAUGAUAUACAUGAUGAUUCAUUAAUCGUUCAAAAAAGACAAAAAAAUAAACUUCAUAGAGCAAGUACUGAUACCACAAAUUCAAAACCACUUUUAGAAAAAUUAAAUGAUAUAAAUGAUGAAGAAGAAACUGAAAAAAAUCGAGCCUUAGUCGGUGAAAAAGAAUUAGAUAUAGAAGGAGAAGGUAAAGAAAUAACUGCGAUUCCAGAAUGUUCAUCAAAAUUAAGAAAUUUACCUCCAAGACCUACACAAGAAAAUAUUAAUAAUGCAAGGAAAAUAUCUGAAUCACAUAAACAACCACAACCUCAACAUCAUCGAACGGAACCUAAAUCAAUAUUAAAUCCAACAACACUCGAUGAUGAUGAUCAAUAUUAUGAUGUUGAUGAUGAAGAUGAAAAAAUUCCUAUACAACAUCGUCCAUCAAAAGCAAAAUCAGUUAAAAAUUCAAUACGAAGACCAAAUAAACAAAGAACAACGACACCUCCAUUACCUGAUCAACUACAACCUCCAACUCAAAAAAAGAAAACUAAAAAAUCAUCAUCAUCAAAAAGAAAAUCUAAAACUGGAACAAAUAACAAUCAAGAAUUAAAACCUUUCAGUUAUAAUACUCUUAUAUCACUAUUAGAAAGUAUGAAUGGUACAAUAAUAGGAGAAGAAUUUAAUUCAUUAAAUAUACCACUUAAAGAAAAACAAUUAAUUGAAAAAAUUAUUGAUUCAUUAAGUAGAUUAAGUUCUGAUAUGAUUAUGGAUAAACAAAGAUAUGAUUUAGGUAUUUUAAGAUUAGAAAAGGCAUUACGUGUAUUAGAAGGAUUUAAUUAG